AUGUGGCGGGUACUCGUCGUCGCGACCGCGAGCGCAACAUGUCGCGACGCGGCUACGUACGACACGCCCGCCGCGAAGCAGCGAGCGAUCGCGAUCGCGAACCGUCGCCUCACGGAAAUAAUACGCGAUGCCAGUCGUCCCACGCACGUCAUACGAACGGGCCUGAACGGCGCGGAGACGCAGAUCGCGUACGACGCCAUGCUUGGCCGGCGGUCCAAGCCUCGUGUACUGGCCAUCGCGCACGUCAACAACUGUGUGGAAAUCAAAAUUUUACGGCGCAGUUCGUGCUGAAUCAUCGCGUCGUCCUCCACGCCAUCGACGCGACGCGUGCUCGAUGGCGUGGCAAUGCCGGUUCCUCGCCGCUCGACCGAGCCAGGUCGGCCGCGUCAUCGCCGAGAAAUGACUUAGUGAAGAAUUGUCGGUGCACCCGACACACUGGUUGAUUUCCACACAGGUCAACAACGGCAUCGUCCCAGAGAACGCGCGAGGCUACACGCGUCGCGGCGAUCCGGCAUUUGCGAACUUUGCACGGCGCUACCUCGAGGCCGUCGCGGGCGCAGGGGCGGUUGCGAGGUGGAAGAACUUCGCGCCCCUGUGUCAUGGCAGUGGCUACGCUUACCGGGAACAAGACGAGUUGCUGCUGCAACGGGGGAACUUUAGACCUGACGGGGAGCUCGUCGAGCGCAGUGCAUAAAACCACAGGUCGCGGCGCUUCUCCGCGGCCCACCGGUUGAUUUGCGCACAGGUCGAGCGGUCCAAAGGGGACGCCGGCUCCGACAGGAACGUCUUCGAGGCAGAGGUCCUCGACCCGUUCCGCCUCGCGGAGAUGCGUGACGUCGUACCGUGGCCGCAAGCCCUCGCCGGCAAACGCGUGCUGGUCGUGACUUCGAUGGCGCGAGACGUAGCAAGACAGUACGAGCGGUACCGGACCGACGGCGUGUCGUGGUUUGGCGCCACGGAGCUGCUGCCCCCCAACAUGCACCUGCUCGUCGUCGCGUCGCCAGUGACCUACCGCGGCCGCGCGGCCCAGGGCAACUGGACGCGGUCGCUCGAAGAGCUGGAGAAACGCGUCGCCGCGUAUCAGUUCGACGUCGCGUUGCUAAGCUGCGGAUCGUAUGGCCUGCCCCUGGGAAACUACAUCACACACGGGCUCGGCGCGACCGCGAUCUACGUCGGCGGCGCGCUCCAGCUCUUUUUCGGUCUGCGGGGCCUGCGGUGGCGGCGAGAAAUUGCACCGUACGCGAGCGACGCGUGGGCCUGCCCCGAGCGGCCCAAGUGGGACACGAGCGGCAUGGAGAAUUACGGCCUCGGCCCCUACUGGUGCCCGCCCGCGAAGAACGGAAGCUAG